AUGAUCUUUAUCCGUCGCCACCUUGAUGAGGGAAUGAAGAGUGAGUACCUCACGGUUGAAGAUCCAUUAACCACCUGGAAGGCAUUGAAAAAUAGAUAUAAUCACCAGAAGACGGUGAUUCUUCCAAGGGCCCGUUAUGAGUGGACUCACCUAAAGAUCCAGGAUUUCAAGAUGGUGGCUGAAUACAAUUAUGUGAUGUUCAGAAUUAGCUCCCAGUUGAAACUUUGUGGAGAAACAAUCACUGAGGAAGAUAUGCAGGAAAUUACUUUCAGCACCUUUCAUGCCUCCAACGUGCUCCUGCAGCAUCAUUAUAGAGAAAAAGGCUUUACUGAGUACAACCAGUUGGUAUAUGUACUCCUUGUAGCUGAGCAAAACAAUGAGCUUCUGAUGAAGAAUCAUCAAUCCCGACCUACUGGAUCAGCACUAUUCCUAGAAGUGAAUGCUGCUUCCCUUGAAGGAAAUACCACAUCCUCUCGUGGAAAUAAUUACAAAUGA